CUUCGUACGGUUCUGAUACUUAUUGUUAUUUCAAAACUAUCUAUAAAAUGGAACUGUGAAAGAAAAUUCUGUUCUGUUCAAAUCAAUUAAAGCAAGAUGAAGCAUUUUUUAAUUCUGGCUGUGGUCUGCUUAACAGCGACUGCAUUUCAUAUGCCUGAACACGACAGAGUACAGGCCACGAUCGCAGAAUGCCAAAAAGAAUCCGGUUCAAGUGUAAACGAACUGGAAAAUGUUAAACUAGGGAAGAUAAACCCUGGUACCGGCAAGCAAGUUCUUUGUGUUCAUCGUAAAUUGGGAUUCAUGGAUGAGAAUGGAGACAUUCUUGCUGGUCCGUACAAGCAACACGUUGAAAUUAUUACCUUCGACAAGGGUCGUCAGCAAGAGCUCCAAGCAUGUAGCAAACCUGAAGGAGAAAAUGCCGAAGCUAAAGCUGUUAAUUUUGAUAAAUGUUUCCAAUCCGUUUUACAAAAAAUGGGACGUGAUUGAUUUAUUUAAAAAAAAAUAAUUUAUAAUAAAUAAAUUGAUAUGAUAAUAAUAAAAUAUAUAUACAGUGUU